AUGGGGGCUAGGAUUUUGGGUGACAAGCAGAUCUAUUCUUCUCAAGCAAGCCAAAAGAAUUUCUUCGAUAUCUCUAGCCUUGUGCUAAGUUUGUGUGGCUGUCCCAAUUUCAUCAAGAUGGGUUUGCAGUCAAACCUAAUCCGCCGAGGAGGAAACUCUUCCUUUACAAGGCGCCGGAGGAAGAAGACGAGCGUUAUCCACGAUAUCAGCAAAAAGAAACUGUGUGGAACCAUCUCGAGGGUCAGGAACAAGGAAAGCAAACUAGCUAUAGAGGUCGGCAGAACCAGGUCUCGAUGGAUCGACAUAGAGGACGUGAGUCCUACAGAACAAAGGAGCGACAUAAUUCUCACUUCUCUCAAGCUUCCCAACAAGUUUGGAGACCUCGAGUCCAGACAAAUGCUUACAAAAUUAACAGCACCUCUAGAACUGUUACUUACUCAAAGAAUCAAAGGGAAAACACACCGGAAAAGGCAGAUUCGCAGAAAACAAUAUCAGGUGGUUUACAGGGGCACAGUGGUCGGGAAGAUAAAGGAAACGGAGUUCUCGUGGUACACAAGAACGAGUCCUCUGAAGAAAGACUGA